GUGUAUUUCCGCAUUAGACGCACUCACUUCCGGCAGCAUUGGAUCCGUUUUGUGAGACACUAGUGAAUUCGUCUCAAACUGCGCUUAAAACACACAAUUUACCCCCGCCACAGGUAAAAAGGACGGAUUUAGUCAUUUACGUACCUCCUCGUGUUUCGUGCAUUACGAACCACGACUAAUUAUUCCACUGGACUCGCGCAAAGCUUCAAGUAAAGAUUGAGGAGCCUUCUGCUUUGAAACAAGAAGAGGACUUUUGCUUUUAUCACAAGACUGCAUUUGCCUUUAGUGCUGUGCCCUAAAACAUCUCAGUAUCUUCAAAGAUUUUGUGAUAUCUUAAACAAAGCAACCAAAGUUCUUUUUGACACUGAGCAUCUGUAUUUGAAUUCCCUAAUGGCUCAGAAAGGAGGUGGAUUUAGUGCGGGUCGCGGUUUACACUCUGCAGCAAACUUCAGCCCUGGGCGUCCAGGUGGGGGUAUGUCUUCAGGGGGCAGUGGGGGUCAUGGCCCAGAGCAAAUGGGGAGGCCUCACAGUUCUGCAGAACACCUGAGCAGCACCUCCAUGAAGCUGUUCUCCAGCCUGGGCCUGUCCCCCUCGGAUCUAGAUGCACUAGCUCAGAUUCCUGAAGAUCAGAUCUCUGUGGAGACUCUGCCACACAUUCUGAGGCAGCUGAAGAACCGCAAGAGCCACGAAGGCUAUGCAGAAUGGGAUGAACCACGUGCCAGGGAGGGGCCACGAGACCUGCAGUAUACUUUCAGACAGGACUCUGCUCAGAGCCAUGACUUUGGUCGAAACUUUGGCCCCUCUGGAGACUUCUCCCAGCUGUCUCGACAUGACUUUGGUAUGUCACCCUCUUCUGACUCUACGGGGUACAUGCAGGGGCAGGGACGCGUGAGCCAACCAUCUCAGGGCAAAGUGGAGGACUUCCUGGGACUGAAUCCACCCCGCUUCCCACAUGUGUGCUUGCUGUGUGACUUUGACAUUCACUCCAUCAUGGAGUGGAACCAGCACGUAAACGGACUCCGACAUGCAGAGAACGGAAGAGUGCUGCUUAACAUGUAUCCAGACUGGGAGCCACCCAUGUCCUCCAGCAGAAGUGGGGGUAUGGACACUCCCAAUCUCUCAGAUGGGAUUUUGGGACCUGCUCCCUUGUCCGGCCAAACUUCAGGACUAUCCUCAGGCUGGGGAGGAGCGGCUGGAUUGGCUCAGAGGAACACACAGGGACAGAACACGAGAGCCAGAGUGGUGGUGGUGAAAUACGACCGCAGACCUCUCAGUGACAAAUCCCUCUUCAGCUUUGUUGAGCCGUUUGGACGAUUAAGAGAGCACCUGCUGCUCAAGAACAAGGGCUUCCUGGAGAUGAGCACCCACGACGAGGCUUUGGACAUUAUCAACUACUAUCAACAGAAUCCUGCGACUUUAGGAGGAAGACCACUGGUGUUUGAGCUGUCUAAACGGCUUUUCAUAGAGAAGCCACAGUCCCCUCAACAGCCCCCCAAGCCAAUGGAGCGAAUUGUGAACCGCAAACUCCGAGAUGACACCCCCGCGGUCAGCCAAGUGGUCUACUUCUCCAACCUGCCACGAGGGGAGGACAAGAAGAACGACCUGCUCACCAUUGCAGGGAGGUUCGGGACUGUGGAGAAGCACCUUUUCCUUCAGAAAGAGGGUUUCAUUCAGCUGUCCUCCCCUCGAGAGGCAGAGAUGAUGGAGAAAUACUACAGCAUGAACCCCCUAGUGGUCCGAGGGCAUCAGGUCCGCUGCCACGUCUGCACCAAAUACAAGACCCUCAACGUGCCACAGCAAGGUAGCACCAAAGGCUCUGGUUCCCAGGGCUCACGCGGGGCAAGAUCAGCCAGGUCCUCCAGUCCCAGGCGUUCCACAGACAGGAAGAGGAGUCCUAGUCCUAAGCCCAGGACCAAAACAGAGCGCAGGAAGGAGGAGCGGCCCAAACCAAAAGCAGAGUCUAAACCUAAACCUAAACCAGAGCUGAAACCAGAGCUGAAAGCAGAGAUUAAAGCUGAACCUAAAGCUGAGCCUAAGCCUGAGCCUAAACCUGAGUCUGAGUCUGAGCCUAAGUCUGAGCCUAAAGCAGUUGCAGUGACGGAGGAGAGCGGCUGCGAGGAUGAGCGCCCAAGCAUUCAACAGGAGCCAGAGGGAGAGGGGGAACACAAGGUCUCUAAUGGUGAUGGACGUUCUGAGGACACACCUGAGGAAGAGGGAGGGGUGGAUGAAAAGGUGAAGGGGGUGGAGUCUGAGGAGACAAAAGACACCAUCAUAGCUGACACUGAGGAGUGUGUUGAAGGAAAUCUACAGGAAGAUGAGGACUUUCUGGAGAACAUGGAUGACAUGGUGGUUGUGGAUGAAAUCGAAGAGGAAGAUGGGGCUGAUGCCAUAGAUAACUCUGAGAAAGGGGGCAUGCGUGUGGUGCUGGUUGUGGGCUUUAAAAAAGGAUACAACCAUCUGAAUGAACUCAUGCAGCUGGCCCAGCCCUUCGGCAAAGUGGUGCGCUACCUCAUCCUCGACAUGCAAAACAAGGCGUAUCUACAGUUCUCCACAGAGGAGGAGGCUGUGGCCAUGGCAAAGUUUUACAAUGGAAAUGUGCAGGCUACAGUCUGUGGACGACCGGUUAAGAUCUGGCACUACACUGCACAGCCCACCAUACAGUUUGGUUUCGUUGUGUACAUUGGUAAACUUCCUGAUGCAAAGUACACAAAGGACGAGGUCCUGGAGUUGGUGGAGCAGUUUGGCAAAGUCAGGAAGUACUUUCUGCACUACAUUCGCAGAGAGUGCUACAUUGAGAUGGAUACAGAGGAGCAGGCAGAGCGAGUGGUGGAGCAUUACAGACAGCACCCAGCUGUUCUCUACGGCCAGCGCCUCACCAUCUAUGUCAGCCGCAAGUACAGAGUCCUGCGCGGGCGACAUGUGGUGAUCCCAGGCUCUGAGAAGAAGGCCUCAAAACGAGAGAAGGAUUCUACCCCAAAACGCACAUCCAACGAUGAACCACCAGUCAAAAGAAUAAGGGAGGAGAGAACAGAGAAGAAAGAGGAGAGAACAGAGAAGAAAGGGGAGAGGAAAGAGGAGGCAGUUAAGGAAGUAGGAGAUGGGGACGCAUCUAUGAAGGAUGUAAUUGAGGAACUGAAAGAGGACACAUCUAAAGAGAGAGGAGAUGAGGAGAGCAAAGAGGAGGCAUCUAAGGAGGAAGGAACCAUGGAAUCUACCCAGGACGUAAGAGACGAGGAACAAUCCGAGGAGAAGGAAGAUGAGGAUCAGAAAGAGGAGAAUUCUAUAGAAGAUAAGGAGGAGGACGAUGACACGCUGUUACAGACGUCUGAGGACGAGACACUGGACCAGGAUCAGAUUAAGGAGGAGGAGGAGAUGGAGACCAAUCUGGACUCUCCUCAGACUGAAACCUCUCCCUCUGAGUGUGACGCCCCGCCCCUUUAUUCUGAAGCUCCACCCGCUGACAGUAAACCCACCGUGGCCUCGUUACCACUGCCCCCAUAUGACCCAAAUACUCCUUUAGGAGUGGAGCACGUGAAGAUGGGGUACUACUGUCGCAUAUGUUUCCUGAUCUACUCCAAUGAAGAGACGGCCAAACGCACCCACUGCAGCAGCCAGGCCCACUACGACAAGCUACAGAAAUACCUGGAGAAGAGAAAGACGUCACCAAAAUAGUUGUUUUUUUCAUUAAGUUUUAUACAAACCUAAAAAUACGCAAAACAUCGGCUCUAAAAGAUUUUUUAAGUUGUGCCUUUGGUAUGACUAAAAUAGUGAAAAAGACUAAAUCUUCCUUGUGGACAUGUCUGACGUCACGAGGAGCUGAUCAAAUGUACAAGGUUCUGUUUUUAUUAAGCUCAUACUCACUGUUGUUCAUAAGUGAAAAACAAUACUGCAGAUAUGUUGACAUAUAUACAGUGAACUACCAUUACCUUUGGGUGUCUUGGUCUGUUUUAUUUUUUUUCCUUGUACAAACUGCAUCUUGGAUCAAA